GGAGACGCUUUUCUAGGCCCGGCGUCAGUCCGGAGCGGGACGUCUUGGAAGCUCGCGCGAAAUCCGCGGUUCAAUGCCACAGUUGGAGUCCCGAGUCCGGUUCGGUGCUUCGUUCCGCGCUUCGAGGGGGCCUUGGAUGGACUGCAAAAAGUGCAACACCCUCACCCUUGCCCACGCCCAAUCGCCAAACCACAAAUGGAACUCGGGUUCCACGGGAUUUUCUCCCAGUUGCUCGCCGCGCUAACCGCGUUCCUGACGAUCCUGCUCUCGGGGCUGUGGCUGUCAUGGGUCUCGGUGGUGCUGCCGAAGCUCCGGUCGGGGGAGAUCCCGAUCCAGGUCGAGGAGAGCGACGUGGCCUGGAUGGUGGCUCUCAUGGACGUCGGGAACCUCAUCAGCCCCAUCCCCAGCGGCUACCUCAUGGACCGCCUCGGGCGCCUCAACGCCGUCCGCCUCUCCGCCCUCGCCUACGCCGCCGCCUCCACGCUCGCCCUCACCGCCUCCACGCCCGAGCACCUCUACUUCGCCCGCCUCUUUGCCGGUGUCGGCAAGGGCAUCGGCUACACUGUCGCGCCUAUGUACGUCGGUGAGAUCGCAGGUGCGAAGAUCCGAGGCGCUCUGAGCGGGAUCUUCGUGAUAAUGCUGCAGACGGGUUCGGCGUGCUCGAUGACGUUCGGGCCGUGGAUGUCGUUCGCGAGCCUUAACUGGAUCACCCUCCUCUUCCCGGUGGCCAUCCUCCUGCUCAGCGCCCUCGUCCCCGAGUCGCCCUACUACCACCUCAUGCAGGGGCGGGAGCCCGCCGCCAGGGCCGCCCUCGCCCGGCUCCGAGGCCCCCGGGCCAGCGACGACGCCGAGCUCCAGGCCAUCAAGAAGAAGAUCGAGAUGGACAUGGCCAGCCCGGCCACCUGGGGCACCCUCUUCCGCGACGCCGGCAACUGGAAGGCCCUCAAGAUACUCCUCGUCGUCAACGCUUUUCAAAGGUUGGGCGGGAUCAGCUGCGUGUUCGCCUACGCCUCGACGACCCUGCCGGCUCCGUCGGGCGACGGCGGGGGCGGCUGGGAGUGGUGGGACCCGCGGGUGACGCUCAUCGUGUUCGGGUGGGCGGGGGCCGUGGCCGGGGUGGCCGCCACCAGCGUCAUCGACUCCUUCGGCCGCAAGCCCCUCCUCAUCGCCUCCACGCUCGCGCUCAGCCUCCUCACCGGCCAGUCGGCCAUCUACUACUACUUCGCCUACCAGACCCCCUACGACGUCCACGACUACGUCUUCAUGCCCCAUCUCGGCAUCAUGCUCUUCGGCAUCGCUUACGCCUUCGGUCUCGGCCAGGUGCCGCACACCCUGCAGAGCGAGCUGCUGCCGACCAAUGUGAAGGGUCACGCCUCGGCCCUGGCCACCAUCGUCCUGUCCAUCUGCUCCUUCGCCACCAACAAACUCUACUUGACCGUCAGCCACCGCAUCGGCGUCUACGCCAUGUACCUCUUCUUCAGUCUCAGCAGUCUCUGCUGCUCCCUCUUCACUCUCUUCUGCGUCUUCGAGACCAAGGGCAAAACGCUCGCCGAGAUCCAAGCCAUCCUCGGUCACUGAUAGAAUCCUAGCGUGAACUGAGCACAAAUUCUUCCGUGAUAUCGGUGAUGCCAGUUUAUUUGACGGAAGAUUCCGGGGUUCCCGGAAUUUCUUCCAAUUUUCCAAAGUUCCGAGAAAAUUUCCGAUUUUUUCAAGAGUUCCGGGAAAAAAUUCCGAGAUACGCCCGAAAUUUGUUCCGGAGAGCGUUAAAUUUGAUGAAAACAAAAAAAAUUAAUAAGAUGAAAAUCAUCAAAGUUGAUCAAAUUAACGGUCAAACUGACAAAACCCCCCAAAAUUCCGGGAAAAUUUCGAGAAUAGCUGGAAAUUCCGGGAAAUUGCAGCACUAGACCGGAUGACAUUAUGAAAAAAGGAACCUAAGUUUGUCGGAGAAGAAAAGAUCUGGUCACUUCAAAGCGACCGCUUUUUGGAAAACGGCAGUGCGUUUGUAAGAGCUCGUUGGUAGAUACACGGUGCGGUGAAUGCGGUGAUCCAGUGGAAACCAAAACGUGGUUCCUUCUUUUAAACCGUUCAUCUCCGAUACCGAAUUUGGCAAGCGGAACCACCUACGCGUCUAGACGGACAGCAUUCCGCAAUUGAAGGACCUUCAAUUGCGGAAUGCUGUACCUUCAAUGAAGGUACAAUAUCUCGCUUAUGUCAAAGACAGUAUGUCGAUGACCGAGGUGCGAAAGCACGUAUAUCCAUUGAGUGUUUCAAAAUUUUCGCUCUUAUUUUGUUUUUUCAAGGAAAAACUAGCCAACUUUAGUUGAAAUUUGAACCGAAUAUUCUGCUAACAGUGAGGAAAAUUCGAGCAAGAUUUCAAGCAAUUACGUUGACUAGUUUUCUAGAAUAAAGAUAUAAUAAGACGGAAAGUCUGCAACGUUCCAAAGGGAGAUGCGUGGUUUCGCACUUUGGUCGUCGAUGUGUGCGAUUAGUCCAUAAAAUCAUAAGUGAAAAUAAUUUUCUCUGGACGAGGACAAAAUGUAUUCUUCAUUGAGAGCAACAGACUUGCUUCAAAGGAAAAAGAGGAGUAAAAGUUGUCAUAAUUCUACAAUGAUGCCUUCUAUGAAGGUAAGACUAUUUGAUGUAUGUUGUACAUAGGAUAUUUUGUUUUGUAUGAUAUUACUUCCUGAUGAUAGUCAUUUAAAGAAAUAAAAUAUAAUUUUAGAAAGUAUUAAA